AUGCAAGACUCUAAGCCUGUUACGACACCGCAAGACCCCGGACUGAAGUUGACUAAGCGUAUGUGUAAAGAUGGAUGCAAGCACAACUACACCAUGCAAGGAGUGCCAUACCGAAGUGCCGUCGGAGCCUUGAUGUACCUCAUGGUAGGCACGCGUCCAGACCUCGCAGCUUCAGUGGGAGUGCUCAGCCAGUUUGCUGCUGACCCGUGUCCGACACACUGGCAAGCACUCAAGCGCGUGCUACGGUACCUGCAAUCGACUCCUACACUUGGUAUUCGUUUUAUUGGCGCUGGCAAUGGCAAGUUGCUUGGCUAUUCCGAUGCCGACUGGGCUGGAGAUACUGAUACUAGACGAAGUACCAGCGGCUACGUAUUUGUGCUUAACAACGACUGCAUCAGCUGGCGUAGCAAGAAACAGCGCAGCGUGGCGCUCUCGUCUACCGAAGCAGAGUACAUGGCACUGUCGGAGGCGACCCAAGAAGCGACGUGGCUCAAGACGUUCAUGCGUGAGCUCGGUGAAGAAGCAGGUGAUGACGCUCUAGCUAUCUAUGAAGACAAUCAAGGUGCUAUUGCGUUGGCCAAGAACCCAGAGUUCCACAAACGCACUAAGCACAUCGACAUUCGCUACCACUUCGUGCGAGAAAUGGUCGAAAAGAAUCAAGUCGUGCUACAGUACUGUCCAACGCAAGAUAUGCUCGCUGACAUCAUGACCAAGGCAAUCGCAGCGCCACAGUUCACCAUCCUCCGUACUAAACUCGGCAUCACUGUCGGUGUCGCUACCGAGUCGAGUGGGAGUGUUGUAAAAGAAGCGACUCGGCAUGCAAACGGCAACCACAAGAAUGUACGGUCUGAUUAG